GCCACAGUAAGAAGACGAAGAAGACUAAACCCGUCGCGUCAGAGAGCUCUCUAACCUUUAAGUCUCUGGAGGGCAGUGAGAAUCCGUUCCUGGAUGUGUACCGGUCCACCCAGAAGGAUAUGCCUGCAGACAUUGACCGGAUGAUGGGUAUGAGACCUAACUCACCUGUGUGUAAUGUCAUAGAGGGAGAUGAUGAAUGGGUAUAUUAG